UUGAGCCUUGGCUUCGUUUACGUUUUCAUACUUCGCACAGCGAUUUCAGUUUCAGGCUUUCAGCCACUGCUUCGACCCUGGAGAACACACUCUUCUGCUUCGCGAUUCUAAGCUUCAACCAGUUGUAAGUGUAGAAUAAUGGGCCGGAAAGCUGGUACGCUUUAUAUUAACCCAAAGAAAUUUGGCGCUCUUCACAAGCCUUGCAUGAAGGAAAUGAUAACAUUUCUCAACUGCUUGGCUCAGAACCAUAGCAGUGCCGAAAAGUGUGUUCGGCAGAAGGAACUUUUGAGUGCCUGUAUGGAUACUCAGACAAGCAAAAAAAGGUCUGUGGGAAGUAUUAAUUACCACCUUCAGAGGCUUAACAGGGGAAGGAAGUAGCUUGUGUUUUUUGGAAGAAGGUUGAACUAAUGUCUAAUUCGUCAAAAGCUGGGGAAGGAACUACUCUGUUCGUUGAACAAGAGAAUGUCUAAAUAUCAUUUCCCAUUUGAAUUGACUGCAUUGCCAAUGCAAACAUUGAACAUAUUUGAGCAGAUCUAUUGUAAUUUACAUUAAUCCUUGUCGUGGUGAAAUUUUUUGACAAUAAUUUGUAGAAUGAAAUUUGGACAAGAAAGGUCUCCUCUCAGUUAUUUCUUUA